CGCAGCAGUGUGUGGACUGUGUUGUUUAAGCACUCCUCAGGUAAUCGGUGACUACUUGCUCUUCUCCUCUUCUCUCUUUCUUGUUUUUAUUUCCAUUUUCUUUUGAUGACUUGUAUGAGAGCUUUUGUUUUUGUUUGAAUGUAGCUCUCAAUUGAGUUCUGAGAGACAUUUCUGCAAUUCCUAGAUCUAGGAUUCCAUACUCCUCUUCUUUUGAGGCUCCGCUCCAUCUAUCUCGAGAUGAUAAGAAAAGGGCCUCCUCAUUCAGAAGAUCUGCCAUACGGAGCGUCUUCGUCGUCGACCUCUCCACAUGUAGGUGAUAAUGGUGGAACCAAAAGGCUGAAAGGAAGUGACUACGAAGUGUUCUUGAGCUUUAGAGGGGAAGACACUCACAAAGGCUUCACCGAUCACCUCUAUACUAGCCUUGUUGAUGCAGGAAUUCGCGUGUAUAGAGACAACGAUGAGCUCCGAGUUGGUGACGAGAUUGGUCCGGAGCUUCUUUGCAGUAUCACGCAGUCUAAGAUUUCAAUCCCGAUUAUAUCGGAGGAUUACGCUUCUAGCAAAUGGUGCCUUCAGGAGCUGGCUCAGAUGUUGAAGUGCAGGAGAAGCGGAGAGCAAGUGGUGUUGCCCAUAUUUUACAAAGUGGAACCCUCACAAAUGCGACAUCUCAAGGGAAGAUUUGGAGACGCCAUCAAUGCACAUCAAAAAAAUUCAGAUCAAAUGGUUGUGAAGGAAUGGGUAGAAGGGCUCAACGAAGUCAGUUCUUUAAAAGGAUGGGAAUCGGAGAAAAUAGAUGAUGGGCAUGAAGCAACAUUAGUGAAAAGAGUCGUCAUAAAAGUUAUGAGCGAGUUAAAAAGACUUUUCCACCUAAGGGUUCCUGAACAAUUGGUGGGAAUUGAUGAUCAUGUGAAACAGAUUAUGAGCAACGUAGAUGCUAAUUUCAAUGGUACAUGGAUCAUUGGAAUUUAUGGAAUGGGCGGCAUCGGUAAGACAACUCUUGCAAAGGUGGUAUACAACAAGCUAUUAGUGAUUUUGAGAAUCAUUGCUUUGUGGCUGAUAUUCGAGAAAGAUCUCAACGCAAUGGUAUUGUAUGCCUACAAAAUGAGCUCAUUUCUAAUGUGAUAAGAGGAUCGGAGGUGUCUAAUGUCGAUGACGGAAUCUGUGUACUCAAAUCUCGAUGUACAAGGCACUUGUGAGAUUGAGGCCCUUCUUCUUGGCCAUUAUAGCCCGCGAAGCUUUGACC